AUGUUUGAGCGACGAGCGGCCGAUCGAUAUCGCCUGCGGAUGCACCGUGCCCGCUCUGCAGUGCUGACCUCGGACGAAAUCGUCGAGGUGCGCGCUGCUCAGCGAACCUUUGAAGGUGCCUACGUCCGUACUGCUCUCUCCCAGUUCUCCUUCGCCCUCGUCGUCCUCAAGAUCUUCACCGCCGAGUUCUACAGUAUCGGUGCGCUGUUUGCCAUUUACGGUACCGGUGUCCUCAUUAUUGGCUUGUUUCGCCGCUCCCAGGGAAACCGACAAUUUUUCUCAGAAGUGGGAGAUGAUGGCAUCCAUCGACACAAGUUUCGGACCAGUGGAAAUGCCGUGGUGGUGCUGACUGCGCUGAGUGUAGCCGCCUACGCCUGCCUGAUCGGCCUCACUGUGAACCUGAGCAACUAG